UCAUUAUACCGAUGUUGGGGGAUAAAAAUUGCCUACCAAAUAUCACAUGACUUCUAUCGAAAAUGAGCACUUCGAACAUGUCCUAUGAAGAGGAGGACGGUUAUGGAAGCAGCUACGUGGUUGGCUCGUUCCCAAAGGAUUAUGGGUACGGUCCCGACGAUGCCGAACACGACAUGGCAAGCGCCACGUCACCGGAAAACAAACCGAGGAUUCUAUUGAUGGGAUUAAGGAGGAGUGGUAAAUCAUCGAUUCAGAAAGUUGUGUUUCAUAAAAUGUCACCGAACGAGACGUUAUUCUUAGAAAGUACAAAUAAAAUAGUCAAAGAUGAUAUCUCGAAUAGCUCAUUUGUACAGUUUCAAAUAUGGGACUUCCCCGGCCAGAUAGACUUCUUUGACCAGACGUUUGAUUUUGAGAUGAUCUUCAGUGGGUGUGGUGCUCUUAUAUUUGUGGUCGACGCUCAGGAUGACUACAUGGAAGCGUUAUCCAAGUUACACAUGACAGUAUCGCGGGCCUUCAAGGUCAACCCCAGCAUCAAAUUCGAGGUUUUCAUACACAAAGUCGAUGGCUUAUCAGACGAUCAUAAGAUCGAGACGCAGCGGGACAUUCACCAGAGGGCGGGCGAUGAUCUAUCGGAUGCUGGAUUAGAAAGUUUACAUUUAAGUUUCCAUCUUACAAGUAUAUAUGAUCACUCAAUAUUUGAAGCCUUCAGCAAAGUCGUACAAAAACUCAUACCACAAUUACCAACCCUGGAAAAUCUCCUCAACAUAUUUAUUUCAAAUUCAGGUAUAGAAAAGGCGUUCCUCUUCGACGUCGUCAGUAAGAUCUACAUUGCCACGGACAGUUCACCGGUUGAUAUGCAGUCGUACGAGUUGUGCUGCGACAUGAUUGACGUCGUCAUAGAUGUCUCGUGUAUAUACGGCAGCAGUCGAGAUGAGAACGCGGAGGGAAGCGCAUUUGACAACCAGUCAUCAUCGAUCAUCAAGAUGAACAACGCCACCAUACUCUAUCUACGAGAGGUAAACAAAUACCUCGCCCUUGUUUGUAUUCUGAGGGAAGAUAGCUUUGACAGACAAGGCAUCAUAGACUACAACUUCCACUGUUUCCGGUCAGCCAUCACAGAAGUCUUCGACGUGCGUUGCAAACAAUUACAGGCGAACGUCAACUCCCAGGGUGCUUCACAAGAGAGUAUGCAGAGUAACGGAAUACCGGAAAAGGUCGGAACAUGAUUCGACGCAGACUAAAUACGGACAUUCUGCUGAGGCUCAGAUUGAAUGGAUGCUUGAAAGAUAAUGAAGUUGUUUUCAUUUGUGUGUCUGGAUGGGGGGGCGGGGGAUUUGUAGAAUCAACACAGACUUGUGACUCUUAACGCGGUCUAACAUGUAAACUUGAAUGACCUGUACUGGCCACCUGACGAAAGAUAAGGCGGUAGCGAAGGUAUGAGAGUUCCGUAAAUAUGGCUUCGAAUUGUUUGAGUUGUCAGGCAACAUUGAUUGACUCAUUUGCGAUGUUUGUGAAAUUGUAUAUAAGUGUAAUUAAAGUCUUUGAUAUAGGUGCCAUUUGUGUGACCAAGAAGUAAUCAAGAUUAAGAAUGUGGUAGCCAUACUACAACAUCUAAUCCAGCACGAGGUACCAAAUUCUGACAAAAGGUGGCUUUACAAGAUGAAUCGGCUAUGGCUUAAGUUGAUUUUGCCACCUUGUUUUGCCACCAAAUAAAUGCUUCAAAACGUUUGACCGAUUUAGUAGUUUAUGAUAGGCAAAUAUAAAGAUGGUAUCUUAACGAGGUCCUAAAACCCCUCUAAUAAGCGUGAGUACCCAUGAUGACACCCUAGUAUGGCAUAGGAUCUCCAAAUUCUUAGUCUUAAUUCAAAAUUCUUGGCACCAACACAUUGAGUGUUCAGCAAUGUUAUGUGAUAAUUUAGAUGUACAUGUGCUACAGUCAGAAGCAGCUGUUUCUGUCUGGCCAACGUUUUAUAGAGCUACAUGAUAUACAGUAUCUUCAAUGCUGUAAAAGGUCUUCGACAUUUGCGUCUAUUAAACAAUUGAAUGGUCUCCUUGACAUGGCGCAAGGUAAUUGCUAAAAUUGAACACAAAGGUUAACUGUUCUGAUACUUUGAUGGCAGAUGAAUUAACCUUACAAGUUCACAGUAUCUCAUCAUCUCGAGUUUAAAUUCUAAGUAAUGUGUGAGGAUAGAUUUAACUAAGGCUAAGCAUGUUUUGACAUUUAUGAUAUGUACUGAAUAAUAUGUACUGUAGUAAAGGCAACAAUACUUAUCAUGUAUGAGGUAAUUCUGUGGAAUAGUGCAUCCAAGAAUGUCUUGGGUUUUAGCUUAAGAAUUCAUAGGCCAAACCAAGUAAAUUGGUUUCCCUGCACUCAUCAUUGGCACAACAAUAUACUCUACUCUUCAUGCAAGGCCACACCAAUUUAAUACUUGGUGAGUGCUAUUCUGUACAUUUCAUUGUGGGCUGGUGACUUUUGCUGCUGUCUGAUGGAAGUCAUGAUUUUUUUUUUUCUAAUUUGGGAAUAGAUUUGUUUGCGGGACAUCUAAUCAAGGUAUUAAAUUGGUGUGGCCUCAUAUAGAAAAGCUGAUUAGUCGAGUUUUCUUCAAACAAUAUUAUUGGUAUAAAAUUUUUGUUUUCUUCUAUGAAUACCUCAGGCAUCAUAAAAGAUUCAAAGAUGAAAGUGGAAUUAAAUCUAGCUUAAAGGGGGACUAUAGGCAGGAGCAGAGGGGUCAAUUUGGCCAUCUUCAGGUGACUAAUAUACACAGUAAGGGCCCAGGGUCAUGUCAGACUCAGCACUAAAUAUAUUCUUUGUGAAUCAUUUUGACGUACUGUGAGUUGUGAGAGACCCCUAUUGGCGACUUCAAGUAACUUUAUCUUGCCUGUCCAGCUGCUGCCUAUAUUGUCCCUUUAAGACUACACCCUCAGCUCUGCUGCUAUAUGAUUAUGAGUGUGGCGUUUUUCAAAAGUGGUCACUACCGGUGACUACUGGUGUUGGACAGAAUUCACUUUUUGAAACUUGCCCUUUCACAUUUUUAGCUCACCUCUUAGCAGAGGUGAGCUUAUCCCAUACCGUGGCGUCCGUCGUCCGUCGUCGUCGUCGUCGUCGUCGUCGUCGUCGUCGUCGUCGUCGUCGUCGUCCGUCGUCCGUUAGCAGGGCACGUUUCGUAACUGUUAGAGCUAUUGAGUUGAAACUUGGUACACAUGUACCCUUAUGUAAUGACACCAUGGAGACCAAGUUUCGGUCCGAUUCGUUUCAUGGUUUGGCCACCAGGGGGCCAAACGUUAAAAGUGAAAAUAUGCAAUAUCUCCCUUAAUAGUAGUCGGGAAAUUUUUUAAAAAAUAUGGUAGGUACUUCUAGCAAAGGUGCAUCAUAUAUCCUCCGGGUUUUUGAUUUGACCUCCUUUUCAAGGUCACAGAGGUCAAAUGGUGUAAAUUGGCCGUUAGGAUGUAACGAUGGCACGUUUCUAAACUGCAAUGACUAUUGAUACCAAAUUUGGUACACAUUUACCCCUUAGUCAGGUGAUCUCAGGGACCGAAGUUUGGUCCAAUAUGAUUCACCACUUGACCACCAGGGGGCAAAAUCCAAAAACCUUAAAAAUGUGAUUAUUCCUUAACUUCUUGCCCGAUUGCCACCAAUUUGAUAUCAUGGGUACAUCUAACCACCAUACAGUAUAUGUCACACAGGUUUUUAAUUUGACCUUCUUGUCAAGGUCGCAGAGGUCAAAUGGCGUAAAUUCGCCGUCGGGCC